UUUGGUUCUUGUUCUUCUUUGCUACACCAUGAUAAGAGAGUUAGGUUUCCAAGACCUAAAUUUAUUUUGAAUUUGACAUAGAGAAAUUGACAACUAUCAGAAUUGUUGGAAAAACAACAAACUUAGAAUUUAAGGGGAAAUUUAUGUCUUAGAAUACAAACAUUGGAAAAGAAAAAAGAUCUAAAGUUAACUGUGCUAGGAACUUAGAAAAAGAAGAAUGCCUUAAACUCAAAAGAAGUGGAGAAAAGUAAACUUACACACAUAAACACACACACACACACUCACACACACACAGGGAGAGACAGAGGCAGGGACAAAGAGACAGAGAGAAAGAGAGAGACAGGGAGAGAUUCAGUUUACACUGAAAACCAAAUGUCAAAAUAAUUCAAUGAAACCAAAAGCUGGUCCUUUAAAUAGAGUGAUUUUUUAAAAAGCCACGAGCCAAUGUUAAAAAAAAAAACGAAGUGGGCAAAAGUCUUAAGGAUGAGAAAUGAAAGAGGAGGCAUGCUGUACAUGCCAAGCAAAGUUAGAGAGUAACAACAAAUGCUGUGAGAAACUCCAUCCCCACAAAUGAUAAUCUAGAUCAAAGCAGCCAAUUGCUUUAAACACAAAGCUUUUACAAUUAUUUCAGUGGUUUUCAAAUAGCCCACUAUUAGCUUACUAAAAAAUCUAAGCUGGAAUAACACAUAAAUCCUGAAUAUUACCUGAACAGGCAAAGGGUAAUUAUGCAUCUGACUUUCUCUGUUUUCACCUUCCCCUAAGUGUGUUCAGGAGUGAUCAGUGGCCAUCAUCAGCCCUCACCUCAGGGCUUUGAAAGAAUUAGUCCUAGAUAGGUUCUAGGCAAUUACUGUAUCCUUAAUGAGUAAUGCAGGAUCUGGACUCCUUUGGGAUGCAGAGCCUUUGUGUCCAGAGAUGCUAGAAGGGGAUAUAUAAGAAGGUGUUGACUACGGAGGCUGUUCUUUCCUGUGCUUAUAAUGAAUAAAAGUGACCAGGAUCUGAAUCAGGGACCUAAUAUAUCCUCAGUCAUCCUAGAUAAAUUGUCAGGAGAUACCUUACUGUCCUCCAAUUAUGGAAUUUUCAUUUCCAAAUUUGUGAUGACUGGAAGUUUUCAGACAAGAAACAGUGGCCUCCAAUUCUAAGAAUAUGAUUGAAUGGUUUUAAAUGACUGGUUAAAGGAAGGUGAAGAUGAGCAUCUAAAUGAUGUGAUAGAGUUCAAGAGUCAUGACAGCAAUAAUAGCAUCAACAGGACAAGACAGAGGUCCAGAUAUAAACCCCUGAAGCCACAGCCACCUAAUAUUUGACAAAGAUUCCAAAAAUGUGAAGGAAGAGAGAAUAGCCUGUAACAAAUAGUGCUGAUAAAUUGGAUAUCUACGUGUGGAAGAAUAAAACUAGCUCCCAUUUCUCCAUUUGCACACAAAUCAACUCCAAAUGGAUCAAAGACUUAAGUAGCAGCCCUGAAGCUCUGAAAGUGAUAGGUCAGAGGACAGAGGAGGAGAAACGGUUCAAGAAAUGAGAACAGGAGCUUUGUCCUUAUCCUCAGAGCAACAGUGGGAAUAUGGAGAAUGAUUCAGACAAGAGAUAAUGGAACUCCUCUGUUAGGAUGCCACAGUGUAAAUGAAACAGGUUGAAGAAGAAGAGAAGGGUCAGGAGAUGUGAGAACCUGGACUGGACUGAGUCUGCUUCUGUAUUCCAGUAAAGACAAGAUGUGAUCCUGAUGUAUGAAUGUAAGCUCACAGAAAGAGAUGGAUGGAAUAGGAGGAGAAUAAACAGCAGACUGUUUAUGUGUGACAUCAGUUCAAGGAUACUGGAGUCGGAAAAGGAUAAUGAGCAACCAAACUGUCAUCUCCAAGUUCCUCCUCCUGGGCCUACCUAUUCCCCCAGAGCACCAGCACCUGUUCUAUGCCCUGUUCCUGGCCAUGUACCUCACCACCAUCCUGGGGAACCUCAUCAUCAUCAUCCUCAUUCUACUGGAUUCCCAUCUCCACACUCCCAUGUACUUAUUUCUCAGCAAUUUAUCAUUCUCUGACCUCUGCUUCUCCUCUGUCACAAUGCCCAAAUUGCUAGAGAACAUGCAGAGUCAGGACCCAUCCAUCUCCUAUGUUGGUUGUCUGACACAAAUGUACUUUUUAAUGGUUUUUGCAGACAUGGAGAACUUCCUUAUUCUGGUCAUGGCCUAUGACCGCUAUGUAGCCAUCUGUUACCCCCUUCAUUACAUCAGCAUCAUGAACCCCAAGCUCUGUGUGUGUCUGGUAGUGCUGUCUUGGGUAUUUACCAUGCUUUAUUCCCUGUUUCACACUCUGCUCUUGGCUAGAUUGUCAUUCUGUGGGGACAACGUGAUACCCCACUUCUUCUGUGACAUAUCUGCCUUGUUCAAGUUGGCCUGCUCUGACACAUAUAUUAAUGAACUAUUGAUAAUUGUCUUGGGAGGGCUCAUUAUUGGCAUCCCGUUCUUACUCAUUGUUGUGUCCUAUGUACGAAUUGUUGGCUCUAUCCUAAAGGUUUCGUCUGCUCGGGUUAUCCACAAGAUCUUCUCCACCUGUGGCUCCCACCUCUCUGUGGUCUCACUGUUCUAUGGGACAAUUAUUGGGCUAUACUUAUGUCCAACAGGUAAUAGCUCUACUGUGAAGGAGACUGCCAUGGCCAUGAUGUAUACAGUGGUGGCUCCCAUGCUGAAUCCCUUCAUCUACAGCCUGAGGAACAGAGAUAUGAAAGAUGCCCUGAGAAGGGUCCUUUGCAAGAAGAAAAUCUCUUUAUAA